AAAUUCACUUUUCCCUCUUCAACCCAAUUCCCAAUUCCUGUAUAUAAAUAAACCUCAUCUUUAUCUUCCUCCCAUAGUUCUCAUAUUCCAAAUUAUUCACAAAAAAGACAGCUUUUUGUAUUAUCAUUGUUGUUAGAAACAAUCAGAGAGAAAUUAGUAAUAUUUAUGGCGAUGGGGGAAGAAGUGGAAUUGUUUGGUGGAUGGAUGAGUCCAUUUAGCCGAAGAGUGGAGUUGGGUUUGAAGCUCAAAGGCAUAAAUUAUAAAUACAACGAAGAAGACUUGAAGAACAAAAGUGAUUUUCUUUUGAAUUACAAUCCAAUUUACAAGAAAGUCCCUGUUUUCCUUCACAACGGAAACCCCAUUUCAGAGUCGCUUAUAAUUCUUGAAUACAUCGAUGAAGUUUGGAACUCAGUUUAUCCUUUCUUUCCUCAACAAAAUCCCUAUGAAAGAGCUCAAGCAAGAUUCUGGGCUAAGUAUAUAGGUGACAAGGUUGUGGCUGCUAUACUGAAGGCUGCAAAAAGCAGCAAAAGAGAAGAGAGAGAGAAGGGUUUGGAAGAAACAGAGGAGACAUUGGAACCACUUGAGAAAGAGCUUCAAAACAAGAAGUUUUUUGGAGGAAAUAAAAUUGGAUUUGUGGACAUUGUUGGAACUGUGAUUGCAUAUUGGAUUCCAGCCAUUGAAGAAGCUUUUGGAUUUGAGGUGUUGACAACAAAAAAGUUUCCAAAUUUAACAAAAUGGAGUGAAGAGAUUGUAAACCAGAGUGUGGUCAAACAGGUUUUGCCUCUAAAGUCUAACCUUGUGGCCUACUUGCAAGUUGUUUUAACAACCAACUAGAACAUUUGUUGCUUUCUUUUGUAUCUUCAAUACACCACCUGGGUUAUGUAACAAAAUAAAUCUCUAACCUUUUGGUAAGGUUGAGAAUGUACUCUUAUGGAAUAUUUUGAUCUUUAGAACAA